AGAGUGAGACAGUUGGUAGAAGGGACGUUCUGGCUAGCUAGAAGAAUGCGAUAAACGUGCAGGGAAGGGUUGCUCACCAUUAGCACUAGCAAGCGUGGCUUGGGGAAGGCACACAUAUUGAGGAAGGGAGCCGCAGUGACUGCAGCCCGAUCCUAGGCCAGUAUGCUCGGAAGCGAAGUCCCACUGUCUUGAGCGGGGCUGACUCCCGAGCAAGGUGUGCAGAUAGGACAGUGCAGACUGAAGAAGCCAGGGCAAAUAGGCAUCGGCUUGGGCUGCUCAUGCAGCAGCAUAAGCAGCAGGCGCAGGCGUUUUGAGGCUAUGGUGGAUGGAGUAGCGGAAGACCAGUACUCGUUUGGUGCGGCUGGGAAAGGAGAGCGCUUUGUGGGCUCGUUUCCCCGGGAUUUGGCCUUAGCGCCAAAAGGUGGCGGCGUGGAGUGAGAGGGAGGGACCGUCGAAGGAUCUGGAUUUCCUUUGGAAGGAGGACUGGCAGCCUAGCGUUUUGUGAGGAGCGGGCCGGGGAAGGGACGAUGAAGCAGAGAACCGGCGAAGGAGGACGGGGCUCAUCAUGAGGAGUUGCUUGGGGAGCAGCUACGGCGAAUAGUUUUGGCAGAGGAGGAAUUUAAAGCGGGCCUUGGUGUUCGCGGGUUGGGAGGGUUCACGAAGAGGCGCACGGGGCUGGCAGAGUGGGAGGGGGGAAUGUGGAAGGCUCUAGUCUAGAGUUGGCUGAGGGAGGGACGGUCGGAGAGGAGACCAGAGAGCAACCAGCUGGCAGAUAACUUGUUGAGAGUUGGAGGGAGGCUGCUGCUGCUGCUGCUGCUGCUGCGGCGGCCAUAAACCGAGUUGGUGUGUGGAGGGCACCAGUUGAGUGGCUACAAGUACAAACGGAAGGGCAGGCCUGGCGAACGUAGGCAGGGCGGCUGCGGGUUUUGUUGUAGCGGGCGAACUGUGGGGUUUGAGGGUGAGAGGCCAAGAGGCAGAGAAGCUUGCUUGGCAGGCAGCAGUGGGGCGGCGCAGCAAACCGGCCCCCCCCCCCCCCCAGAGCGCAGCGUUUGGACCGGGGCAGGAGGACUUGGCAAGCAGCCUUAGCAGCGGCAGGAGGCGGCAGCAGCAGCGCCAGGCUCCCUGCUCUGCCUCCCUUCCCGCCGCAACAGCAGUAUCAGCCUGUGGAGCUCUCCAGCCAGGCGUUGGGCAGAAUUUCCCUUGCUCUCCUCCUCGCUGCCUGCAGCCGCCGCGCAGCUCUGCUGCUUCCCCAUGUCUCUGCCUGUGGUGCUGCCAGGCUCCUGCUGCCCCAUGGCCGGGCUGUCGGCGGUGCCCGAGGCGGCCAGACCUUGCCCAGCAGCAGCUGCCGCCGCCCAGGACCCGUCGUUGCCCCCGCCUCCUCCUCUCCGGCCCCGCUGGUCCCGCUCCGGCUUGCAGCAGCCCCGGCCUCGCCCAGCUGCACUCUCCCCUGUGGCCUCCCGCCGCGCCGGGGCCUCUGCUACGGCGGGGCCGGGGCUGCUGCCGGCCAGACCGCUGCUGUCCCUGGGGCUGCUGCAGCUGAUUCUGGGGUGCUGCAUGGUGGCCUUGAGCUUCGGGGCGCUUUCUCUCAGCAGCUCCCCGCAGGUGAAGAACUCCUGCCCUUUCUGGGCUGGCUCCUCGGUCAUUUUAUCAGGAAUUAUAGCAUUAACAAUAUGGAAGAGACCAAUGAUACUUCUGGUUAAUAUAUUUGUUUUGCUUUCUGUUACCUGUGUUCUCUUGAACCUGGCGGGAUUUAUCCUUGGAUGUCAAGGUGCUCAAUUUGUGUCCAGUGUACCUAGAUGUGACCUGGUUGAUGUGGGUGAAAGUAAGUUUUGUUUUUGUUGUGAAGAAUUUCUGCCAGCAAAAUGCACAGAGAAAGAAAAUGCACUGAAGCUAUAUCCAGUCCAGUCAUGCAGUGCAGUUCACCUUCUACUCAAGAAAGUUCUUUUUGCUCUUUGUGCUCUGAAUGCCUUGACCACCACAGUAUGUUUAGUAGCUGUUGCCCUACGCUACCUUCAGAUAUUUGCAACAAGAAGAUCCUGCACAGAAGAACCCCAGGUUUAUGUGGAGGAAGUUGAAGAACAAGGCAAUGUUUCUGAUCCAGAAGAUUUUGUGCCACCUGUACCACCUCCAUCAUAUUUUGCCACCUUUUACUCUUGUACACCUAGAAUGAAUCACAGGAUGCUGGGUUCAGAUGUCAUUCCACUACCACAUAUUUAUGGAGCCAGAAUUAAAGGAGUUGAAGUUUUUUGCCCACUUGAUCCCCCACCUCCUUAUGAAGCUGUGAUGAGCCAGAUCAGUGAGGAGCAGGGAGGCACAUCUCAAAUUUCAGGUGUUGCAGAAGCUGUUAGUGCCCCACCAAGUCAAGAUGAUACACAGGUUUUUCAAGAUGGAGAUGCUCUCAACUCUUUGACUAGAGAGACCAUCUUGCAUCCAGAUAUGAAUUCGGCACCUGCAGGAGCCUUCAAGCCUCUUCGGAAACGAUCCAAAAGUGAUCCUGUGCUGCGUGGCUUUCCACCCAGAGGUCCAGUGCUAAGCUGUGAAGUUGCCACCCAAACAGAACUCAAACCAGAACGAGCGAAGGUCAUUUUGCGAAAGAGUCUGAGAGGAAAAGCUUUGCGCUCAAGGCCUCGCUCUUUGAUAGACUACAAGUCAUACAUAGAUACUAAGCUGCUUGUGGCAAAGUUCCUGGAGCAGUCGUCCUGCAGCAUGACCCCUGACAUACAUGAACUAGUGGAAGACAUAAAAUCUGUUUUAAAAUCAGAUGAGGAGCACAUGGAGGAAGCCAUCACCAGUGCCAGCUUCCUUGAACAGGUAAUGACUCCUGCUCAGCCAUCUACGUCAAGGGCACAUACUCUGCCUUUUCGAAGGCACCCAGGACUCCUGCACUUGGAGAGCUGUGGCGAUGUCAGUACUUUCACUACAGCAGAAAACCGACUGCUAGAGAGGAGAACUCAGAGGACCGAGCAUGAACGACCUCAUAGUCUCAUUGGAGUUGUACGGGAAACAGUGCUCUGAGCUUAUCUAUUUCAUCAGAUAAACUGAACAGACUAGGAAAAUAUUCUGUGAAAAUGCAAAGUGAUGGGGGAAAGGUUAGUUUUGUAAUUACUGCUGCUUUUGGAAACAAUACUUGAGGAGACUCUUGGAAAAAGUGAACUAUGAAAACCUCUCUGUUUUUAUUCAGAGAUGUUUCUAAAACAAAGGAUAUUCACACACAAUGAGUAUAUCUGAGGAUCACUUUUUAUUUUGGGAUGUGGGGAGGAUACAAGGGUAUAUGCACACUGAUAUUUGAAAGCAAUUUAUCCUGCUUAAUAUUAUACAGUAUGUGCUUUAUGCCUCCAUUGUCUGUGGUGUCACUUGUGAUAAAUACCUAUAACCAAUUUGGUUUGGGUCUCUUUGAAGGAGGAUAGGAAAGUUAAUCUAAAGACAAGGCUGUGAAAAUGAAGACAAGUGAUUUCCCCCCUUCCUUUUGCUUCUCUUUAUAUCGGUCUUUGUUUAGCAGGCUAAGUGCAGCUGGGCAAAUAUAUAACCAAAAAUCUUAUAUUGUCACUUGUACUCACGUGGAGAGUAAAAGCAGAUGUGGUUGGGGUUUAUUAAGUUCACCAUGUGCCCUUCAGCCAUGGGGUGAGCCUGGCUUCUUCCCAGGUAUGCUGGCUCAGGUAUUGGCGUUUCUUUUCUACCUGCUCCUGCAUCCUCAUGCUUAAGACAGGAUAGCUGCUUUUUAAAAAAUAAGAUAUUUUAAAAUGUGCUGCAUUUAAAUAUGUUUAUCUGGUCUUUGGUACCUUGCUCAUUUUUCAUAAGACAAACUUUAAAGUGCAGAGCUGCUCAGGGGAUGGAGAAUGGGGGUAGUUACUUGGUGACAUGUGGGGAGCGGGCAGCCAAUAACUGCUGUCUGUAGCUGAUUUCUGUUCCAAAUCUGCAAAAUGUCAUCUUUUCCUUUUAGACUGAGUUCACCCCCAAAGAAGAAAAGGUACAUUUUAGAUUUAAUGCUCUAAAAAUGUAAUGCACAUAUUCAUUCUAUGAAACUUUUGAGUAGCCAAUAUAAGAAACCUGUAAACUUGAUGAGAGUUCUAAAAAACCACCCCAAAUGAUUAUAAUCAUUCAAGGGUCUCUACCUAUGCAGGAAUGUGUUGUCACAUGACACUCAUUUCAGACUGGGAUCUGUUUGUAGCUUACAUGUUACAGAAGCAUUUCAAUAUAGUGGUUUUCUUAAGUACUUGAAUCUUUCAAUACCGUCAUCUCUCACCAAUCGUGAGGGUUCUGUUCCAGGAAAAUCUUGUGGUUGGCGAAUUCAUGGUUGGAGAGCCAUUGAAAUCAAUGGCAAAUGGGGUUAUGGGAAUCACAGUCACGAAAGGACUGCAAAAUACAAUGAAAAAUGGGGGCGGGGAAUCCCCCAAAUCACCAGGAGUCAGUAAGAGGAGUAAAGGGGAGUGAAAUGACCCCCAGGCCCCCCCAAACCACAGCCCUCCCCCAAUUGUAAAACAGUCUCGCCAAACCAUGGCUACUCAGAUCGUGGUUAGCAAGACCUGCCACAGUUUCCUGGUUGCAGAUACUCAAUACCACAAUUGGGAAACCCGUGGUUGGUGAGGGAUGGCUGUAAUCUAAAUGGGGAGGUGGGGGAAAGGGUAAUUGGGGCUGUGUAGGUCAGUUGUUGUCUUCUCCUUUUUUUGCCUAGCUUUCUUUAACCACUCCAGCAGUACUCUAGUCUCAUUUGUCAGAUGAGCUUUUCCAGUGGCCUUUAAUCAACAACUUGUGUGUUGGAGGCUGUUUGUCACUGCUUACAGCAUACUGGCAAUCAAGCAUUUGUCAAUACAAUGAAUACUACUUCUGUUCCUGAAAAUGCAAAUACCUUCAUUUAAGGCAAAGGUUCCCAAAGAAGGUGGCCUCUCUAAGGAGGGAUGGGGAGGUGAAUUCUACAGCGGUGGCAGACUUCUCCUUGCUUCUGUACUGUAUGCAACUGGGCUACGAAGCAGUGGCCCAAAAUGCUGCCUGCAGUGUUGCAGAACCACCCCAUUUGCAAUGGAUAUUUCAGCAUGUAACUCUGUAUGCACAAUUUAAAGUUGCUGUGGAACAGGACUGUUUCACAACAGCGUGGAUGGUGUUCUAAACACAUGCAGUGCUGACCCACCAACAUUGAACUGCACUGAAUUUGGGCCAGCAUCUGUUUCUUCCUCCACCCUCAAAUAUGUCACUGAACAUUAAGUAUAGUAAGUAUAGGUAUAAUAGGGGAGAUUUAAUAUACAGAGAGUUGCAUGCCAAGCUGUGAGAACCUCUGCUUUAUUAAGUUAUAAGUUUAUUUGGUCAUUGACCAGCAAAUCUGCUUUAUUAAUGUAAAUCUUGUCUUGGGGAAAACAGAAAACUUGAACUAUAAGCCACUGUUUUAGUUUACUCACUCUUCACAAAGAAGUUAAUAAAAAUGUUUAGUUUAUA